UUACAGCGAAUCUCGCGGAUACAACUGCGAACCCAGCCAUCCGUUAUCUGUCGUCCGCCGGCGCGUGUCCUAACUUGAGGAAACUCCAACUUCUGGAUUUUGAGGAGUCCUUGGAAGAGGGUGGAAAUGGCUUAAAAAUCUUGGCGGAAACGCAUCCUAAACUCAGAUCGCUCCGUCUGGAGGUGACAAGUUGGAGGACCACCCUAAUAAGGGUGCCUGAACACCUCGAUGCAAUCAUCCGUGCUUUACCGGAUCUUGAAACCCUCAAUUUUGUGUGCAAGGUUGGCUCGGCUCUGUGGUUUCAAAAACACCAUCUUACGUUGCUCGCCCAACAUUGCCGGAGACUGCGUUACCUGCGGAUACAGGACUAUUCUGACCAUUACGGAGGAGAUUUACCAGCUUUGGACUCAUCCCUUCUGCCUCGUUACAAAGUUCAGACAAUGUUCCCAUGCUAAGAGCGUGUUGAUACCUACACUGAGGUCUUCAAAGACACGCUUUUCGUGCGAGAGCAGUGCCCCAAGCUACAGUGGACCCCACGGUUUGAGUGGAUUGAUUCCAGUGACAGCGAUUUUGGCGAUUCUCCUCGAUAUGGUGAUUCAGACUAAGGUCACAGUUAUGUUUGUCUUGAUCGUGAGAAAGAGGGCGAAACCUUCCACCACAUGAAUCAUAAUCUCGAUAUGUCGAUGAACCAUGAAUGUGCCAACAUAGGACGGAGUUACCCACGUUACGCCAUACAAAGGUAAUAAGUUAUUAGGC